CUUCCUCAUGCAGCCUCAUCACGGGUGUGGAAACACCUUCAACACGUCCACAUUCAGAGAGAGAGAGAGAAAGAGGGAGAAGAGGGCGGUCAGUCGUUUGCCACCCGCGUAUUUUUCUUUCUUCGCGUCCUCUUCUCUCCCCUGAUCUGUAGUUUUUCUUCUAAACAUGGCUGCGCUCUCAGCCUGGUUCUGGAACGAGCGCUUUUGGCUUCCGCACAAUGUCACUUGGGCGGAUCUGGCCGACCCAGCGCCCGGGGUGGAGUACCCGAAAGCCGGCCACUUGCUCUCCGCGCUGCCGCUGGCCUUGGGGAUCUUCGCGGUGCGGAUAUUUUUCGAGAGGUUCAUCGCAGGUCCGUGUGCCUCCGUACUUCAGAUCCAGACGGAGUUGAGUAGGAGAGCUCAGCCCAACGCCGUCCUGGAAAAAGUGUUUACAUCCAUCACAAAGUCUCCAGACUCCAGGCAUUCAGAAGGCCUGUCUAAACAGCUGGACUGGGAUGUGCGAAAAGUCCAGCGAUGGUUUCGACACAGAAGAAACCAGGACAAACCAAGCACAAGAACCAAGUUCUGCGAGAGCAUGUGGAGGUUUACAUUCUAUCUGUCUAUAUUUACGUAUGGGAUGCGUUUUCUAUGGCAGUCUCCAUGGAUGUGGGAUACGAGACAGUGCUGGUACAAUUACCCCUAUCAGGUGCUGACCUCAGGCCUGUAUUAUUAUUAUGUAACAGAACUGGCCUUCUACUGGUCGCUCAUGUUCUCUCAGUUCACAGACAUCAAAAGAAAGGAUUUCCUCAUCAUGUUCAUUCAUCAUCUGGCCACCAUCGGCCUGAUCAGUUUCUCAUAUGUAAAUAAUAUGUUGCGUGUGGGAAGUUUGGUCAUGUGUGUUCACGACGCCUCCGACUUCCUGCUGGAGGCUGCAAAGUUAGCAAACUAUGCCAAAUACCAGCGCGUGUGUGACGUGUUGUUUGUGAUAUUCGGGAUGAUCUUCUUCGGGACGAGAUUGAUCAUUUUCCCCUUCUGGAUCCUGAACACGACUCUAUUUGAGAGCUGGCAGAUCAUCGGGCCGUACCCGUCCUGGUGGCUCUUCAACUUCUUGCUGCUGGUUCUGCAGGUGCUUCACAUCUUCUGGUCGUAUCUGAUCGCUCGCAUCGCCUUCAAAGCCAUCGUCAGGGGAAAGGUGUCCAAAGAUGACCGCAGCGAUAUUGAAAGCAGCUCUGAGGAAGAAACUGAAACCACAGCCAAAGAGCGACUCAAAUCAGCCUCGCCGCGAGGAGAAAACGGCACCAACGGCCAUUUUGGCUCCAAAACUUGGAGCCAAAACCAUAGUGAAUGGUGACAAUUCGUCCUUGUGGCCUUCGCACAAAGAACUCCAGUCCCAGAAAUAUGGCAUCGGGACUAAUUCCUCAUCCCCAUACCUCACUCCAACAACCAAAAACACCAACUACAACAUCCUGCUGCGGGAUUCCUGACACUCCAUGGUGGACUUUGAGGAGUUUUGUUUUUUCCCUAAUGACUGUAUGGCCACUACGAGAAGCUUGUGAAAGAGAGAAACGAUUAAAUUAGUGAUGUUUGCAUUCCCUCGUUUCCUGGUUUUGGGAGACGCUUUUUUCCUGCUGGAGAACUUUCCUCUUCAGAUUUUAAUGGUUGGAUGUACUUGAGUUUCCACAUGCAGUUGCUUUAACAAUUCUUUUUUUGGUUUGGUUUUGUUUUUGGUUACUGAUGUGUUUGUAAUUUGUUUUUCUGUGCUGGUUCCUUAUCAUUUUGUUUUUUCAUCUCGCUGUUUUUUAUUUUAUUUUGGAAAACCAAAUAAGUUUAUUAAAAUUGAAAGCUGGGCCUUUUUUCCUGUAAUAAGGCACUUGUUGGUUUAAUUUGGUGAGUUUUCACCUUCCGUUGAUGUUCUGGGUAGUUGUGAAUGAAAUAAAUAUAAUUUAUAAAAUGAAAUGAUAAAUUCAGGGUUCCCACGAUGAACAAGUCUGUUUGUUUGUUUUUUUAAAAGGCUUGAAUUAAAUAAAGUACAUUUUUAUAAUGCAA